AUGAUUGGCAAUCAUGAUAUUAACGACGACGAUAAUAUUGAUGAUUAUAACUCAAAUUUACCAGAAGAUACUGAUAGUGACUGGCUUAAUAGGAAAUUGCAUGAACUAGCAUUAAUCUUUCAAAAAAAAAAUGACAUACCUUUAGAUGUGUUGGAAGGACUUUUCCAUGGAAUAUUUCCUAGAAAAGUUACAUCAUUAAGCAUGUUGGAAGGUGUUGGUAUUGUGAUUUCUGCUAUGGAUAAUAGAUUAAGAUGUUAUCCUGGCUAUCAUAGGCAAAUUCCUUGGCACGAGAGACCUGAUUAUUUACAAGAUCCUCACUAUCCUCCUUAUUAUGAUCCUUAUGAUAGGAGAUAUGCUUAUCAUCAUCCUUAUUAUUACCCACCACCACCUCCUCAUUUACCGGAUGCUUCUGACCAUCAUCCAAACGCGGAAAAAUUUUCUCUAUUUCAACUUUUCAACUUAAAAGCACCAAUUGACGAAACUUCUUUAUCUCGCUCGAUAAUACCAGUUGGACUUCGUCAUUUAUAUUCUUUUGAAGUUAAUGAAUAUAAUGGUAAAACUGCAAAGGUAAAAAUAAGCUUCCGCAACCAAGUUCACACAGACUUUCAUAACUUACUUCGACUUGCUGGCACAAAUCUUUUUUACUUAACUGAAAACGGUCUAAAUGAUUGGGUACCUAUUGAUAAUAUAACUUUUCAAUUAUUUCACCCAAAUACAAUCAAUCCGUCAUUCUGUGAAGCUGGUGCAUCAAAUUUACCAGAAGAUACUGAUAGUGACUGGCUUAAUAGGAAAUUGCAUGAACUAGCAUUAAUCUUUCAAAAAAAAAAUGACAUACCUUUAGAUGUGUUGGAAGGACUUUUCCAUGGAAUAUUUCCUAGAAAAGUUACAUCAUUAAGCAUGUUGGAAGGUGUUGGUAUUGUGAUUUCUGCUAUGGAUAAUAGAUUAAGAUGUAAAAUCUUUAGAAGAAUAAUCCAACGAAUAUCAGGAUUGGCAAGAAAUAAAAAUCUAAAAACCCUGAUUAAUAAAAAUACAAUUCUUUUAGAAUGCGGUUUUAAUUUGGUUUUAAGUAUUUGGGCUUUAGUUGAAAAUUUGAAAUCAAUUAAACGAUCUUGUGAAUUACUAAAGAAUGCUCAUACAGAUUUUAAAAGCGUGCUUGCUUCUGAAAAAUCUCAUUUUGACGCUUAUCUUAAACAUUUGGAUUCAUUAAUUCAAAAUAUUUUGAAUAUCCUUGUUAACAAACAAUUUCAUCUACUUUCAACACGCUUAAUAUCAUUGGUUACAGCUGUUGAAAAUUUUAUGAAAAUGAUUGAAUUGGUUUCAGUUAAAUGUGAAAAAUAUCUCAAAACUUCAGAAGAUGAAAAAAUUAGUACAACGAAUAGAUUAUUACUUCAUGCAGGGGUUGCUGCUGUUGAUCUAGUUUUAUUUGGCGCAAGGUUUAAAUCUAGUCGAGUUAUUGAGAAAGCGGCACAAGUUGCAGUAUUUACUUUAAAUGGUAUCGCAUUAGCUAAAGCAUGGGAAGCAAAAAACCACUUAUCCAAUGUUAUCGAGAACCAAACAAAAACGCUUAAAAGAUUAAAUGAAUUACAUGCUGUUCUUAAACAAAUCUCAUUCAAAGGAAGCGUUUUAGAUUUGGAUGAAAUUGAAGAACCUAAAGAUGUUAUUGGCCAUCUUGGCAUAUGA